UUUGUCCAAUAAAAAGAGUCCAAGUCUUAGGCCCUAGCUAGACCGGUUAAGUUAAAUUUUGCUUGUUUCGAUUUUCAACAACAAUAGAAACGCGGUUUCAUUCAAGAAAUUGCCGUGCUUUGGCAAUAACAGUCACCAUGGGCUUAAUUACAACAUGUGUUAUUGUAUUUGCUGUGACAACUCUUGUUUCAAGCGACAAAGGGCCUAAAGUUACAGAUGUGGUAUUCUUUGACAUUGAAAUUGGCGGAGAGAAAGCCGGAAGAAUUGAAAUUGGUCUUUUUGGUAAAACAGUUCCUGAAACAGUAAAGAACUUCAAGACAUUAGCCAUAGGUGAUACUGAGGAUAAAGGAGUAAAACUAACUUAUAAAGGAAGCAAAUUUCACCGUGUGAUAAAGGAUUUUAUGAUUCAAGGUGGAGAUUUCACAAGGGGUGAUGGAACAGGAGGUAGAAGUAUCUAUGGUGAUCGCUUCAAGGAUGAAAAUUUUAAGCUCAAGCAUUAUGGAGCUGGUUGGUUGUCAAUGGCUAAUGCUGGGAAAGAUACGAAUGGCUCACAGUUUUUUAUCACUGUUAAAAAAACAGAAUGGCUUGAUGGUCGCCAUGUUGUCUUUGGAAAGGUUGUCAAGGGCAUGGAUGUUGUAAGAAAAAUAGAAAAGACACCAACUGAUUCAAGAGAUAAACCAAACAAAGAUGUUGUCAUUGUGGACAGUGGUGUUAUACCAGUGGACUCACCAUACUCAGUAGAAAAGAAAGAUGCCACAGAAUAAAUGCUGUUUUUUUUUAUUGUCUAAGUGAAUAAUAAUCUCAGUUGAUUUGCAUGUUGUCAAUGCCUUUUUGAAGUGAGUAUUUGUUAUUUCAGAAUAAAUGAUUAGCAAAUGGGUUUUUUUUAAUUAAAGUGAAAUGCCACUGUCAUUACUUGUAAUACCAGGCAAAAAUCUUUUGUUGAUUGGCUCACACUUCCAAUGUUUGUUUUUCAAUGUUUGUUUACUGCGUUUAAUUGACUUUUUUUUUAAACCUUAUGUGAUUAAUAAAAUAAACAAGACCG